UGACUUCUGAUUGGAUGAGGUGGGGUGGAGCUAAAAGGAGGAUACAACACCCUGCCCAUAUCCCUAGAAAUCUGGAGGAAAGGGUCCAUCAUUCUCUGCCAUGUUCAAGGCUCAGGUGAGUGGGGACCAGAAGGUUGGUUCCCAGUGCAUCCUUCAACUGUCGAGGAGCCCUGCAGCCAGUGAAGUAUUGAAAUGAAGCAGAACUGAGUGAGGAUUGUUGAGAAGACACAACUCAUCCUCCCCUGCUGGUUCAGGAAUGAAUUAAACUCAUAAGGACUGCAAACUUCUAUGAAGGACAGUCCUCACCAGGCCACGCCCUUUCCAGAGUGCAUCUGCUCUGAUGGUUCAGUCUAAGCCAUGGAGUCAGGAAACCGCAGCUGUGGGACAGACUUCACCUUGGUUGGUCUUUUCCAGGAUGGACACAUGGACACCUUCCUCUUCACAGUCAUCUCCAUCCUCUUUGCAGUGGCUCUCAUAGGCAACAUCACACUGGUCAUCCUCAUCAGGCUGGACCAAAGACUCCACACCCCCAUGUACUUUCUCCUCAGCCAGCUCUCCAUCAUGGACAUGAUGUACAUCUCCACCACUGUGCCCAAGAUGGCAGCUAACUUCCUCUCAGACACCAAGGCCAUUUCCUUUCUGGGCUGUGUGAUCCAAGCCUUUGUUUUUCUGACCCUGGGUGGGUCUGAAGCCCUCCUGCUGGGCUUCAUGUCCUAUGACAGGUAUAUAGCCAUCUGCCGACCCUUGCACUACCCUGUGCUCAUGAGCAGGAAGAUCUGCUGCUCCAUGGUCGCCAGUGCCUGGAGCAGCAGCUCCAUCACUGCAUCAGUGCACACAGUGUAUGUGUUUCAACUUCCAUUCUGUGGCUCUAGGAUGGUUAACCACUUUUUCUGUGAGGUUCCAUCUCUCCUGCCACUGGUGUGUGAAGACACGUCCCAGUAUGAGCAUACAGUCCUCGUGAGUGGACUUGUCAUUCUGCUGCUCCCCUUCCUGGCCAUCCUAGCUUCCUAUGCUCGGGUGUUGGUUGUUGUAAUCCAGAUGGGUUCAGGGAAGGGACAGAGUAGAGCUGUGUCCACCUGCUCCUCACACCUGACUGUGGCCAGCUUGUUCUAUGUCACCACUCUCUCCACCUACACCCAGCCACACACCUUGCAUUCUCCUGGAAGGGACAAAGUGGUGGCUGUGCUCUACUCAAUCGUCACCCCUGUUCUGAACCCAUUCAUCUACAGCCUGAGGAACAAGGAGGUCAUGGGGGCCCUGAGGAGACAAAUGAAAUGAAGGAUAAUGACUCGGGACUUUGGGUCACCCUGUGGACUCAUACAGAGGCUGGUCUUGGACACUCUCUGGGAUGAUUUCAGGAUUGAUAUUCUUGGGGAAGCUCAUCAGCUUGUGUCACUGACUGAACAAGAGCACGUAACCAUCCAGUUGAUGAAUUGAAUCUGAAUGUUGAUUCUGAGAGAGAUGGACAGCCUUUGUCCCAGGCCCUAGCAUCUCUGGCUGCCAGUCAGCCUGGGUUGGCUUUCCACAGAACUUUCUUUUCUUUGGCCCUGAUGUAAGGAACCAUGACUUCUCCAACUGUGGGAGCCAGUACAGUUGCCUGCUGUGCACUUGUCUUGCUCUGGAAACUCUGUAGUUUAGGAAUACAACUGUACCUAUGCAUGAAUUUUGCUGAAAUCUGGAAUAUUUUAUUGGUUUUCUUUUGCAGAUGCAACUGUUAUAUAAUAAUGUGUGUGUGUGUGUGUGUGUGUGUAUUUUAUAAUGUGACAUAUUUUAAGGUCAAUUCUGAAAGAAAUAGGAAGGGAGCCAACUUAAUGCUUGCCUUGAUGCUUGUGUGAUUAUUACCACAUGAAUGAGAUUUCCAAGCUCUCUAAGCUCUUUAAUGAUGUCUUGCUGACUCCCUUUAUUAAUACCAUUCCCCAAAUUCACUAUGACUUUGUAAUAAACAUCAUUAAUGGAUCUGUCUGACAGAAUGCACUUUGUCUCUUUCCACGAACACCUCUAUGUCGCUCUCCCAUGCUUAAAUUUAUGUUGAUCACCCUUGCUAACUUAUGAUAAGAACAUUUAGAAAAACAGACCCAGAAUGGUUCUGCUCUAGAAAUCUGUAGACAAUGUUUGCAUAUUGUCCAUGGCUAAUAUACAAUAAAUGCUAAAAGCAAU